GUCAUGGCGGCGGCGCAGCCCACAGGGCGGUGGAAGUAGCUGUGCUGUGUCUCCACAGAGCCGACCCGCUUCUGGACAAAAACAAACCAUGAGUAGUUCUGUUUGUCUGGAUAACCACUGACACACACCUGGGAAAGCGUGCCGUCAUGCAUCCGUUCGGCCGUGAGAAGGAGAGCUCCGUGCAGGACCUGUAUGUUUUUUUCACUCUGUGUUUACGGCAUGGCGAGUGGGAACUGGCCGCCGCUUGUGUCCGACAGCUCAGUCAGGCUGCUGGAGAUGUGCCAUUGCAUCCUGAUGACGUCGUUGCUGCACUUAUUGCACAACCAUAUCAACUUGCAUGGGAGACAGCAGGAAGUCCUCACAGGCUUGCUUGGUUCUGGCUGCAGGUGCUGGAGAAACACUCAAAAGACAAGGUGUCUCUCUCAGUCCGGAGAGAACUGGCAUUCCUGCUGAUUUUAGAGGAACUGGGAGAGGAAGUGCCUCAUUCUGUACUAAAGGAGCUGCAUCAGGCCUUCCUGGAGUCCGAGCGUGUCGAGCGGAAGGACUCGUCCUCCGUUCCUCCUUUGAGUGAUGCCGCUCUCUCCUGCAUCCGCUCCCUCCUCUCUGAGCGCAGCCCGCGUCUGACCCAUGCCCUGCUCUGCUUCCUGAAACACACAAAUGCAUCCAGUGUCUUUCUCCAACAUCUCAUGGACCUCAUGGAGGGGAAGGAGGGCAAGAAGAGCGAGGGAUGGGCAGAGGAGGUGUGCGGCGCUCUGGCUCUUGUGCCGUGUGCAGCGGCAGAGCUGGAGCAGUUGUGGGUGGGGCUAUGGAGGGCAAGGGCGGGGCCUCUGAGUGAGGAGAGAGUGAUGGGACGUCUGCUCCGACCUCAGAAUCACACUCUGCUGAUGCGCUACUGUACCACAGCUCUGCGGCUCAGCAGGGACAGCCUGCUCCAAGACGCAACACACACACAGGUGGACUUACCUGAAGCAGAGAGACUCAUGCUUGCCCUGUGUUGUCAUGGUGACCGUAAUGCAGCUUGGAAAUCCAUCUACUUUGAGUGUUUGAGUAGUGGAAAGCACUUUCUGGAGCAGGUUCUGGUCACGGGGCUUGAUCUCAUCAAGAAGGAGGAGUUUUCAAAACUGGAGGUGUUACUUGGGGUGGAGUUUCAUCCGCUGUCCCGCCUCCUUCUUUUGCUGGGAUGGAAACACUGCCAGAGUCUUGACUCCGCCCAGGAGCUCCUCAGGAUUCUGCACCAGCAACAGGCCAAAGAAACCGUCCUCAGCGAUUUUGCAAACGUCCUCUCCUCUCAGUUAAAGGUGUUAGAGUGGUGUGCCGAAAACAACCAUGAGAUCUCCCAUGAGGCCUUGCUGUCUCAGCUGCACAAUCUGGAUCAUCACUCUGCUCUCUAUGUGCUGCACUCACUCACACCUCUGGCCAAGUAUGAAGAGCACAGAGUGCUGGAGCUGCUGCAGGCCGCAGGAGACUCCUUGUCUGGAGAGGCUCGGAGCAGCUGUGUCCAGCGCAACAUCACCAUGUUCAGGGGCUUCUGCGCCAUGAAAUACGCCAUCUACGCUGUGUGUGUGAACAUGCGUGUCGGAGGCUCGGCGCAGGUACCCCAUAAGGAACAGCCUGAAGGUCCCUCGUCCCUGUUUCAGCAUUACCUCUCGGAGUGUCAGCUCUACUUGGAAGCGGUUCCUACAAUGUUUCGCCUGGAGCUCCUGGAGAACAUCUUCUCACUACUUUUCUUGUCCUAUUCUGACUUUGCUGAGCCGAAUCACUUGGACAAGGAGAACAAACCGAGCAGGAGCAAUGAAGAGGUCAGUGAACGAGAAUCGCGAGAAGAGAAGGGCGAGAGCGCUGCGACUGGGAAGUCUGCUCAGAGGACGUCAGGCUGCCGUGGCUUCUUGCUGGACACCGUUGCGAUGGAGGGAGUCCUGCGGCUCAUCAGAGAGGGACUGGAGGGAAUGUGUGCCCUCGGGAGGGCGCUGGAGGCCGAGGCGGAGCUGGCUGAGAGUCUGGGCUGCUCGGUUACAGCGGAGACAUUCAGCUCUCGGCUACAGAGGCUCUCCAAACACACGGCUGAGGCUCAGUGGAGGCUGCAGAUCGUCACCACCAAUCAGGAGAAGGCAAACAGUGGUCCGCCUCUGCCCUCCCCAGUCAUGAACUCGAUUCUCUCUCUGAGGCGGAGCAACAGCAGCGGUGUUUCUCGGGUCGGGAAGAAGAAGCGAUCCCAUCGUCAUCGCCCUGAGCGACGCAAGACCUCCGAACGACAGAACGGAGAGAUCAGCACCAGUACCUCAGAUGGCAGUAGUGGCACGGUGCCAGUGCAUGUGGAGUAUGAAGUGUGUGUUUGUGGAGGACCUCACAGCUGGCUUGUUCCCUCUAUGCUCUCCCCGCCUGAGUCUCUCCUGAUCUCCUGCAUACGCAGAGGGAACUACAUGGAGGCUCAUCAGGUGAUGCUGAUGUUCGGGCUGGAGAAAGCACCAUGCUGCGGGGAGCUUCUCUUCAUGGAGCUGUACCAUGAGGUUCUGUCUGAGCUCGCUCAGGUUGAGCAGAAGAUCGAGAGCCAGUCCCUUUCUUCGUUAUCGUCUUCCACUGAGGGUCUGGGGUCAGUCGGGGUGACGGGACCGGGACGGAGCCGUCUGGGCAGCAGCAGCAGAAUCACUCUCCAGAGCAUCGGCAACGCAGCCGCAGCAGGCAUGGCGUUCUACUCCAUCUCCGACGUCGCUGAUCGCCUCCUGAGCUCUCCCUCUCGCCCUCUGGUCUGUCUGGAGGAGAACUACUGGCUCUCCCAUCCUCUCUCUGACCCCUCAGACCCCCUGCGCCCCCUGCUGGAGGAGCUCAAUCCAGCUGCCAUGGCUGCUUUUGACCUGGCAUGUUGCCAAUGCCAGUUGUGGAAGAGCUCGCGCCAGCUUCUGGAGACUGCUGAGCGGAGACUACACACUUCACUGGAGAGACGAGGCAUCACGUUGGACCAAGACGUUCGUCAUCCUGAAGGUAUUCGGGGUUUUCCAUCUGUGCUGCAGCAGAUCAGUAAAAUACUCAGCAGAACAACGACCAGCAAAGGGCCACUCAAAUCAGACUCGAACAGAGACGAGGGCGGAGUCGUGCCUCCUUUCGGCUGCAGUGCUCAGGAAGUCCUGCUCUGCAGUCACUUGUCUGUCACAGAGGAGGCCAUCGCCACCAGGCUCACGCUCAUCCAGCGCCUCGAGGUCAUACUGCAGACUCUGACCGCCGCCAUCGAAAUGGCCGGUGAGAGUCAGUCGGCCAGCUCCGUCCUGGCGUCUCUGUUGGAGCAGGCGGGCCUGAAGCAGUCCGAGCUCGACUCGCACCCUGUCUGCUCUGCGAUGAAACAGCUGCUGUGCUCAUUGGACCAGCUGUGCCCUUUGGAGAUGGACAGCACCAGCUGUAAUUGGCCAGAUUACACGCGCAGCUUCCUGAAUUAUAUAAACAUGCUGGCGUCAGUGCUGGUGCGCAGCCUGAGCUCUGAAGAUCAGAGUGUGGCUGUGAAACUGGGGAAUCCUCUGCUCGUGCUACUGCAGUCACCUCAACAGCUCCUCUCACACCUGCUCUUUGACAGACAGGUCACACCCGACAGGUUGCUGUCUCUGCUGCAUCAGGAGGGUCUGCAGGUAAACGUCCAGCAAGUCAUCGUGCAGCGUUGCUGUGAUCCGCUCCCUCUCUGGUUCCCUCCCUCCCUGAAGGGUGCAGGAGCCGAAGGAGGAGCUUUCUGCCCGUCCAGCAUCGCUUCUCUCCUCCAUCAGCACGCUCAGGAGCGAACUCUCACCGCUGACCUUUCUGAACCGCCUCCAGCCUCUGAACCCAGCUCGGAAUCCGAGGCGUCGGUUGAAACCAGCGUCUCUCCGAUUCUCUCCACGUCUCCUCCUUCUCCGUCUUUGUCUUUAUGCUCGUCUUCAACUUCAUCGUCGGCAUCAUCGUCACCAUCCUUCUCCUCUACAUCUUCUUUCCUCCUCACGCCCUCUGCGCUGUCGUUCCUGAAAUCCCGCUCUCCGCUCGUCGCUGUCCUUGCGUUGCUCGGCGUGAGUCGGGUGGAGAUCACCCGUGUUCCGUCCUCCUCGUGGCCUGGACUGCCUUUGUAUUUUCGAAGCGCUACACGUAAAGAAGCUCCGCUGGACUUGGAGCAGAUCUCCAAAGAGGCUGAAGCUUUGCUCACGUCCUUCCCUAUCUUCAAGGCCUUCCUGGUGGACAUGGCAGCGCCCGUGCUGGGGUCGUCUCCGGAGACCGAGGAUGGCAUUGGAGCAGCUCUGAGCAGGAAGUCGGGCACAGUGGCCGUGCUCUUCUCUAGGUCUCAGGAUGGAACGGGACAGGGGAUGGUGGCCGAAGCUUUCCAGCAGGCUCUGAGCACCAGAGACCUCACCCGAGCUCUGAGCCUGCUGGAGCUUUAUGCACAAAACUGCAGCCAGAAGGUGGCGCUACGGGACAAACUGCUCGCCUGCACCACCCUGGAGGGAGAGUGCAGUACAGAGCAGCUGUUCCGGGUGAAGGACUGGGAGCUGCGAGCCCGUGUGGUGCUGCAGGGUCUGGAGCGAUGGCCUCUUCACAGCUGCCUGGAGCUACUGCAGUUCUGCCUCAGUGACUCGAGCCCGGAUCACGCACUCGCACCACAGCUGCGGCAGAAAAAACACGAACUUGACAUGUACAACAGGAUGCUGAGCCUACAGCCUCCACUGGAAUGGCAGACGUGGCAGGAGUUGAAGGAGGAGUCGAGCAGAAACCCCGAGCCCAUGUUCUCACUUUUGCUCCAGACACGGGAGUUUGAUUUGUGUGCCCAGUGGGUGCAGCUGUAUCCCGUAUCGGAGCAGUCUAAACUGCAGCUCCAGACUGAACAUCUGCUCCAUCUUCUGGAGAACGGCCGAACUGAGGACGCCUUCCAGCUCCUUGAGGGCCUCUCUGAUUCGCUGGAGGUUAGCGAGCGUGCACUAGAUCAGAGGCCCGGAUUGGCCGCCUGCCACUUCCUGUCUGAUUACCUCACGCUGCACUUUCAGAGCCGGAUGACUCCAGCAUGUAGACACCACAUACAUGCCCUGCACUUGGGCUCUAAGGUGUUAUUGACUCUUCCAGAAGCUUCUCGGCAGGAUUACUUCCAGCUGCUGGCAGAUCCUCUGCUCAUGCUGGAGCAGCUGUUGAUGAACUUGAAGGUAGACUGGGUGUCAGUUGCUCUCUCGACCCUCCGGAACCUUUUACCAGCUCAGGAAGCAGGAAUCACCAACCUGGACAUCGAUACGCUGCUGGCUGAGUAUGCAAAAAAAGCUCUGGACUUCCCCUACGCCCCCCGAGAGAAGACACGCAGCGACUCUGUGAUCAGCUUGCAGGACGGGCUGCUGCAGUGUCCCGUUCAGGAAAGUGCCUCGUCUUCUCCCAGCCGUACACCGCCUCCUUCAGCAGGUGGCACUCCCAUGCAUACUCCAUCUAGCGCCGCCCAUGACCAAGACAGAGGUUUGGGUGGGAAGAAGCCCCGCCCCUCAUCCAUGUUUACCCCUCCAGAGAAAACACCGGAGCGUAAAGACUGGAUUCCUGACCACCAGAGACACAUCUGUAUGGUCUGUCAGAGAGAGAGAUUCACCAUGUUUAACCGGCGGCAUCACUGUAGACGCUGUGGCCGCUUGGUGUGUCACGCCUGCUCCAGCAGGAAGAUGGUGGUGGAGGGGAAUGACGAGCCUGUGAGAGUGUGUGACCAGUGCUACAGCUUCUUCCAUGCAGCUUCGGAUGAAGAGCUGGAGCAGGCAGAAGUAGCAGGGAGUCCGGCCUCGGCUGAGGAAAUGCUAGACGGCGUCCUGUGUCUCCCUGAGGUUCCUCAGAGGCAGUACAGACUCAGUCCCAAUCCAGAGGAGAACCAGCAGCUACACAGCGAGUUCUACUAUGAACAGGCACCCAGUGCCUCUCUGUGUGUGUCCAUCCUCAAUCUUCACAGUGACCAUGCCGCCUGUGGUCACCAGCUGAUUAGUCACUGCUGCUCAAUCUCGUCCAAACUGACCAAUCCCGAGGUGGACGCUCGUCUCCUGACCGACAUCAUGCAGCAGCUCAUGUUCAGCGCCAAGCUGAUGUUUGUUCGAGCUGGACGCAGCCAGGACCUGGCUCUGUGUGACAGCUACAUCAGUAAGGUGGACGUGCUGAAAAUCCUGGUCCGUGCUAACUAUAAGUACAUCCCGUCUCUGGAUGACAUUUUAGAAAUGACGGCAGUGAUGCGUCUGAGGAACCAGCUGCUCGAGGCAGAGUAUUAUCAGCUGGCUGUGGAGGUGUCCACUAAAAGCGGUCUGGAUCCGAGCGGUGUGUGGCAUGCAUGGGGCAUGGCGCUCCUGAAGGCCAGGUGUCUGACUGCAGCCCGGGAGAAGUUUGCUCGCUGCCUGAAAGCUCCAGUGGACAGAAACCAGCUGAACCUGGGGUCGCGACUGCUGCAGGAGAUCAUCCAGCACCUGGAGUCGACCGUCCGACUCGCUCCGAGUGCGGCAGUGAAUGAUUCUAUCCUGGCAUCCUUGACUGAGCUGGAGGAGGCUCUGCGCGAUAUGGCACCGGUGGAUCGGAUGGAGACCCGAGCACAGCGCUGUGGACACCAUCAGGAGUGUGUGUACUAUCUGAUGAGCUACGGCACACACCUGAGCCUCAUCUCCUUCUAUCUGCGUCACGAUUGCCUGAAGGAUGCACUCACAUACCUGCUCAGCAAGGAGUGUCCAGAAGAGGUGUUUCUGGAGGGCAUACUCCAACCAUGUUUGGAACGAGGCCGAUUGGGCGUCCUGCAGGGGCUCCUGGAGACUCUGGAUGCUAGUUUGGAGAGCUGGGGGCGAUACCUGAUAUCAGCAUGCCAAAUGCUCCAGCGCAAGGGUCAUUACCACACCCUGUACCAACUACAGCAGUUCAUGAUGGACCACGUGCGAGCGGCUAUGACGUGUAUCCGCUUCUUCACACAUGGCGCUCACUCCUACGUGCAGCUGGGCGAGCAGCAGCGUUGGCUGAUCCGCGCCAAAGAGCACCUGAGGGCCUUCCUACAGGAGCAACAGAACCGCCGCAAAACCUUCUCUUCGUCGUCGUCAUCAUCAGCAUUAUCAUCAUCCUCCUCCUUCAGGAAAAGAAUGAGCUCUAACGAAGUCUCCAGACACAUGAACACCAUCAUGCUGCAGCUGGAAGUGACACGUUUUCUACAUCGAUGUGAAAGCACCUCCUCCUCUAGAGCCACCACAAGCCCCACCCCUAAAGGCACCAGUGCCCCACCCACUCUUUUUGGAGGAAAUCCGAUGAAGGUGGAUGUGGCCUGCAGGGUGAUGAUGGGGGGCAAAAACAUUGAGGAGGGGUUUGGCAUUGCUUAUCGAGUCAUACAGGAUUUUCAGUUAGACGCUUUGGCUGUGUACAUGCGUGUUGGUCAGCGUUUGGUGUGCCUGCGUGAGUACCAGGCCAUUCGCCAGCUGCUGAAGUGUGUGAGCGAGUCGGGCGCCGCCACCAAACAUGACUGCGACUCCAUCGUACUCAGCUGCGUCUCAGCCUCAGACAAAACCCCUGCUGACGCCAAAGAGUUGGACUCUCUGAUUUUGGAGUCCAAAUCCACAGAAAAUAAAAUAAAAGGGUACUUGAUGUGCAGUAAGCUGAGGGCGGCGUAUCUCCUAGCGGUCAAGCUGGACCCUGUGAAGGCGUGUUUGCACGUACAGGAUGUUCUCCAGGCUGCUGAGGUCUCGAGUGACUCCAUCAUGAAAGAGAUCUGCCGUCAGUGGCUCGCAGAACACCAGGAGCCAGCGUCACGGAAACGGCGCAGCAACAACAGCCAGGUCCAGCGCUGUCUCUUUCCCGAUCCCUGUGUUCGCUCCUGUAAUCAGCGCUGUCUUCCCAUCCAGACGGGCCGUGGACACGCACACUCCACCUGCUGCAUAUUUCCUUCACACACACAAAAUGGAGCACAAGGUCAUAUAAUGGGUCUUGUGUAUAAUCGGUAUCCAUACAGAUCUUGUCCUGCUGCGUAUGAUGUAUGGAAUGUCACUAUGCCCUGAAACACCUCUCAAUAUUUAGCAUCAUUAAAGGUCCCAUGGCAUGAAA